GCAACCGCUCUCGAUCUCCCUGAGUUCUCUUGUCCACUUCAAUUCCUUGCUACAUCCAAACCCUCUACUUCAACGGUUGUAUUUCUCACCUCAGUUUUCCUUGCCUUCAAGUGCCCACGUCGAGAAUUUAUUUCAAGAAAAAGCAAAACCAUGGCUGAAGAACGAGCUGCACCCCUCCGUCUCGGUAGCAUUGCCCCCAACUUUGAUGCUGAGACGACCAAGGGCCCGAUCAACUUCCAUGAUUUCAUUGGCGACAACUGGGUAGUCCUCUUCUCGCACCCCGAGGACUACACCCCCGUCUGCACCACAGAGCUGGGCGCCUUCGCGAAGCUCGAGCCUGAGUUUACCAAGAGGGGCGUAAAGCUCAUUGGUCUGUCGGCCAACACCAUCGACAGCCAUGAGGGCUGGAUCAAGGACAUCGACGAGAUCUCUGGCAGCAAGCUGAAUUUCCCUAUUAUUGGAGACAAGGAGAGGAAGGUGGCGUAUGCAUAUGAUAUGCUCGACUACCAGGACACUACAAACGUCGAUUCCAAAGGUAUCGCGUUUACUAUUCGCUCCGUCUUCAUCAUCGACCCCAAGAAGACCAUCCGCCUCAUCCUCUCCUACCCCGCAUCGACUGGUCGUAAUACUGCUGAGGUGCUGCGCGUCGUGGACUCUCUCCAGACUGGUGACAAGCACAGGAUCACGACGCCCAUCAACUGGGUUCCUGGCGACGAUGUUAUUGUCCACCCCAGCGUGAACAACGAGCUGGCCAAGGAGCUGUUCCCUGACUUCAAGAUCGUUAAGCCGUACCUGCGGUUUACCCCUCUUCCCAAGGAGAAAACGACCGCGGCUUAAGGGAUAAGCAGCCGAGAGGGUUGAAAUAUUGUGUGACUUAUGCGUUCGGGUUUCUUCCCGUGGAGAGAGGCAUAGCAUGUGCGUUCAGGCGUUGUUGGGCAUCGCUGCGAGGGUGCAAUUUAAAGGGCAAAGCUGGAGAGGGGGUGGCUGCUCUAGUUAAGUGGAGUGUUUAUGCUUCUAGAACAAUGCGAUCUUCGGAUUGGAGAUGGCUGGCCCUCGGUAGGGCUGAAACGGCGAGCCUUAAUGGACUUUUAAUACG